AUGGCGGACGGCGAUCAGGGGAUGCCGCUCACGUUCCAAAAUUUCCUCGAGAAGAUGCGGCACCCCAGCGCUUCUGAGCUCGUGAAAUCCAUGCAGGCUUUCAUAUCGUCGUUCGGCGAUGCUCAGAUGCCGGCGAACGCGCAGCGGGACUCGGAUGAGGACGGCCGAAGGAUCCAGGCCUUCCUUCGCGACACCGAGGCUGCUUUCCGAGGGCACCCCGCGUGGAGGGGCGCGUCCGAAGAAGAGCUGGAGGCGUCCGGGGAAGGGCUCGAGAAGUAUCUCACCACGAAGCUGUAUCCGAACAUAUUCGCGGUCGUCAACGAGGAACGCACGCUGGACGACGUCCUCGGGCGACGCAUCGCCGCGCUGCGAACGUUCAUUCGACCCGAGCACCUGGACAUACCGGAGUGCUUUCGUGUAGAGGCGUCCCUGGCGCUGGCCCGCAACGAGCUCGUCAAGGUGAACAACUUCAAGGCCCCAAGGGACAAGCUCGUGUGCGUGCUCAAUACCUGCCGCGUCAUCAAUAACCUCCUGAACGUAUCCGCCGGGAACCGACCCGCGGGUGCCGACGACUUCCUCCCUGUGCUCAUCUACGUCGUGAUGCUGGCCAACCCGCCGCGGCUGGAGUCCAACCUGAGGUACAUAGCGCGGUUCAGGCUUGAGUCCAGGCUGGUGUCCGAGGCUGCAUACUUUUACACCAACCUCGUGUCAGCCACGCACUUUUUGACCACGUGCGACCACUCGGCGUUCACGAACCUGGACGAGGAUGUGUUUGAGGCGCACAUGGCGGCCGAGGGAUUCGCCGUCGGACCCGACGCGGCUGGUUCGUUCGACGGGGAGCGAGGGGGCGACGGGGCGACGGGGGGCGGGGCUGGUGAGGGACGAGGAGGUGAUACGGGCGCGCGUGGGAGCCUGGCGGAGAAGAUGUUGCGCGAGGGAGCGCCGGGGGCGACGCCGCCGCCCGCGCCGAGGGACGUCCCCGGUUUGCCCCCGCGGUCGCCCAACGGGACAGCCUCGGUCGCACUGGAGAAGGAUCGCGCGCGUCUGGAGCGCGAGCUCGCGGAUGCGAAGCGCGAGCUCGCGGGUGCGAACGCCCGAGCGCGGCAUCCGCUUCGAUGGUCCACCGUGGAGGACGUGGAGGCUGAGGGCGCGGCGAGUUUGGCCACCGAGAACGGCGCCGGGACCCUUCGCCUGCCGUACAAGUUCCUUUACGCAAGGGCGGAUGAUCUUCAGGUUGGGGACGUACCCGCGCUCCUGAAUGCGUACAAGACGAUCGCUCUGCAGUACGAGGCGUUAUCGAGGGGCGUGGGCGCAGUGUUGGCUGAUGUGACUCCCAACUCGGCGAUUAGGAGCGGCGCUGAUGUGGACGGUCUGAGCAUGUUUGCAAACAUCGGGGCAAGCUCCCCGGCGGCGGAGGAUGUUUUCGCGGGUAUGACGAUAACGGAAGGGGAGAGGCACGCCGGGAUCGAGCCAGAAGAUCCGUUCGCUCGACUGGAGGCCCUGACCCAGCGAUGAUAGUAGUAGUAGGGAGGACCUGGCAAAUCGCUACGUUUCUAAAGAUUUCAGCCCCAAGGUGUGCGCCGUGACUUGACGCCCAAUCUGGUCCAGCUGGUCAUGUUGUUGACGAGCCGCUCGUUGUGCUUCAUGUCUUCCUUAAUUCCCUCCAUGCCGGCGCGGCUGCGAAUGAGAGCAUCACGCUGCUCCCGAAGUGUCCCGAGGAUGGCGUCGCCCGUCUCGUUUGCGUCGGCGGCGACCCGCUGAGCGUCGGUCAGCAUCUCCCGCCCGCGCUCCAACCGCUCCACCCCUCGCAUGAGCUCCUCCUCAACCCAACCCUCCGGUGGGGCGUCCCCCGAGAAAGGACUGCGCGGAUAUCCGUCGGUUGGACCGAGGGCCGCGACCCUGGCUCGCGCCCUGGAGUCAGCGCCGGAUGAGUUCAUGAACAGCUCUCGCCUUAUGGAGGCUUCCGUGUCCACCUCCUUCUGUUGAUUGUUUGCUUCCUCAACUCGACCAAAAACCGGAGGCGCCUCGCUGUACCGCGGCGUAGACCCCGGAGACGCAUCGGAGAGCAUCAUCGGGUCGUCACGGGCGGCCAUAUUCGAGUACCUGUCCACCAGGUCGUCGACGUCUCGGCCAGUCGGGCCCCAAACGGUGGGGGCGGCGGCGGCGGCGGCGCUCGCCGCGGCGUAGGAUGCGCCAACCUUGUUUCCGCCGCCCGCGCCCUGCAGCGCACGGAUCCACGCCUGCUCGUCGCGUGCGUUCUCCCGGGUUUGACGCAUGAGCUGUUCGUCUUCGUCCCACGCGGAUUCGGCGUACUCGUCUCGAGACUCACCCGCCGCGUCGGUAGGCGAAGGCGUCACGCGGACGGGUGCUCGGCCCUCGUCCGGAGAUGGAGGCGAACCCUCCUCCGGCACCGGGGAC